AUGCCCUCGCAAUACUCCCAGCUGCUGCCGCUCCUCCUCGUUGCAGCAACGAUCCACACCAUCCUCGCUGCCGAUGCUGAACGGCCACCUGCGGGUUGCCCCAAGGAUGAGAAGUGCGGCAACAUCAGCAUCCCCUACCCGUUCGGCAUCAAGGCCGGCUGCUCCCUUGCUGGCUUCGAGGUCAUCUGCAACCACUCCUUCCAACCUCCUCGCGCGUUCCUCUCUCGAGCCUCAGCGCGUCAUGAAAUCGGCCAUGCAACCUACACUUCUAGUUCUUGGUACUCUCUCAGCAUGGACUCCUCUCCUCCUAUCUUCAGUCCUUAUGUGCCGACCUACUCGGCCGCGCCGGUGGAGCUCCUCGACAUAUCGGCUUCCAAGAGUGAGCUCCGUGUGUAUGGCGGGGUCACAUCCGACUGCCUCGACCCCGGUGCUGGUGAGGACGCGGAAACGAAACCCGACCACCACCACGUCAACAUACAUAGUACCAAGUUGGGGCCGGCCGGAGGCGGAGAGGAACCUUUCCUCCUGUCACUGCUGCGCAAUGUUCUCCUCGGCGUCGGCUCGAAAGCCGAAGCCCAGUUCAUCGUAUCCCCGGACGAAGUCGGGAGAACGGGCGCUGGGAGUAGUCCCUUGAUCGCCUGCAUUUCAUCCAACAUAAUUGCAGUGAGAAACGGAUCGUGCACGGGGAUGGGGUGCUGUCAGGCCUCCGUCUCGCGUGAAUUGCUUGAAGACCGUCUUGCCCCCGAUUUCUUCGCGGUGACAUUGGGCCAGAAUAUGGCACGCCUUGCCGAUGACACAAACACCUGGAGUCCCUGCUCCUACGGCAUGUUGGUGGAAAGCUCAUGGUACAACUUCUCCUCCGAGGAUUUGUAUGGCCACGAGCUAUCCAACAAACACCCCAGGGGUGUCCCCGUCGUACUCGAUUUCGCCAUCAGGAGCGGGAACCGUUCAUGUCCAGCGGAAGGCCAGAAGCCACCUAAGGGCUACGCGUGCAUUAGCGGCAACAGCUCCUGUGCAACGCCACCCAGCGGGGACGGCUAUAUCUGCAGGUGUCAUGAACAUUACGAUGGCAACCCUUACAUCAACAAUGGCUGCCAAGAUAUCGAUGAAUGUAAUAAGGACCAUCCUUUGCAUAAUUGCGAUUUAAGUCGAUCAACCUGCCACAACACGCCAGGAGGAUAUAAGUGUCCAUGCAAACGGGGAAUGAGAGGCGAUGGCAAAAAGGGAACCUGCACAGAGAUUUUCUCCUUACCAGCAAAGGUGGUUGUGGGCGUCAUUGCCUUCUUUCUUGUAAUUCUCGCCUUGGUUCUGGCACAUCAACUCCUCAAACUCAAAAAGUUCUAUAAACAAAAUGGUGGUCCAAUAUUGAAAGGUGUAAAAAAUAUAAGGAUCUAUACAAGCAGUGAACUGAAGCAGAUGACAAACAACUACAAGGUUGUUAUUGGAGAGGGCCAUUUUGGUACGGUUUAUAUGGGGACUCUAAAAGACAAACAAGAAGUGGCUAUAAAGAAGACAAUCAAAGUUGAUGAAAGUAGCAAGAAGGAGUUCAUUGAUGAGGUUAUAAUCCAAUCUGGAAUGAGGCACAAGAACAUUGCCAGGCUCCUAGGUUGUUGCUUACAGAUGGAUGUUCCAAUGUUGAUGUAUGAGUAUGUAGUGAAAGGGAGUCUGUAUGAUGUUUUGUUCAAAAGCAAGGACAUCAUUCCAGUGGAUACACGUCUCAGGAUUGCAAUUGGUUCAGCCGAAGGCUUGGCAUACAUGCAUUCAGCUGUGGAGAAUACUAUCCGUCAUGGUGAUGUUAAAUCUGCUAAUAUACUUCUCGAUGAAAGCUUCACCCCAAAAAUUUCAGAUUUUGGGACCUCAAAGCUGCUUGCAAGAGGAAAAUCUGAGAAGACUGAAUGGGUCACCGGAGACAAGGCAUACAUAGAUCCAGAAUACAUGGCCCAUGGGACACUUACACAAAAGAGCGAUGUGUACAGCUUUGGAAUUGUUCUCAUAGAGCUUAUCACAAGGAGGGUUGCAAAAUAUGAUGACAAUAUGAGUUAUGUUAAGAACUUUGUUCAAGCUUGUCAAGAUCAAAGGGCAAGGAACUUUCUUGACAAUGAUGUUACAAGCGAGAAGGAUAUUGAGCUCUUGGAAAUGGUUAGUGAAGUCGCUAUGGAGUGUCUCAAACUUAAUCCAGAGGAACGCCUAGAUAUGAGACAAGUUGAGAACCGUCUAUAUAUUAUAGGACAGUCUGAACAGCAUGGACAAGAGAUGAACUUCCAGGGAAAUCUUAGUCCUAAUAUGGAGGUUCCUUUGCUUAAAUCAGUGGAGAGCAGAUCACCUACCAAUUAA